AUGGGCAGAAUUAAUGUUGAUAAGAGGGCAACACUGGUUGAGAGAGGGGGAAGUGACUUAAAUGUUAGUGUCAAAUUAAGAGUCAGUUUGAAGUUGUGGUUCGAAGGAGACACUACUCUCCAGCAAGAGUUGCCGUUGUGUCUUGGCAAGGAGAUAUUGGAUUUACAACUGGACCCAAGGGGUUGUGGUACAUCACCAGAAUUGCAGGUGUUAACCGCCAUUAGAUGUUGGGGACCUCAUGAGAAAAUAUUUGAGAAUUUGGACCUGGUUGAGGACUUGAACACGACUGAAAACUUGGACCCGGUUGAGGACUUCGAAUGCAUUGAGAACUUGGACCCGACUGAGGACUUGGACACGGCUGAGGACUUGGACACGGCUGGAAACUUUGACCCGGCCGAGGCCUUUGAUGCGAUUGAAAAUUUGGACCCGGCUGAAGUAUUGGACUCGACUGAGAACUUGAACUUCACUUAG